UGGCGGCCUUGUCCAAACGACACCAAAUUCCGACUUUGAUCUUACUCCACAGCACAGCAGCUACUUACAACAGUACUAGCCCGGAUCUUGUAUACUGAUAAGCAUAAGGUUGGAACUAUCUGCGCCCAUAAACGUUAAAUUUUAAAUCAUGGUAAAAGCAACUUACAGAGACGAAAUACUUGCCGAGGAUUCCAGCCCCGUCAUGGUGGAAGGCAACUAUUACUUCCCCCCUGAGUCUGUCAAUAAAUCACUCCUCGCUCCCUCAGAUACAAGCACUGAGUGUGCUUGGAAAGGGACAGCGUCAUACUAUUCUGCACAGAUUCAUGGUGACAAUGUGAAAGACAUCGCAUGGUACUACGCAGAUCCAAAAACCAAAGCAUCACAUAUCAAGGAUCAUGUUGCGUUCUACAAGGCAAGGCUAUCUUCAUGGGGUUCUUCCGCUCUAACAUUAUAGCUUUGCUUCAGAAUAAAGUGACUAUUGAGUGAAGGGGAAGGAAAUAAUUUCAGCAGUGUAUUCGCAGAAAGUGCCGCAUGUCCGUUUCCAUAUCAUUAUACAGACUCGAAGAAUCGGAAGUCUACCCUUGAAGAGUAGCAAAGUUCUAUGGGUACACCAGCUGUGUCAUUGAGAUGUGACUAUAGCAUAUAAUGUAUGUUUUUGUGUUAUUACAAGCAUCAUUCCAGCACAUGAUUCAGGUUCGUGAAGGCCCCUAAA